AUGCAAGGAGGUCCAGAGAAGUUGACAUUCGAUAGGUCAACAGGCACCUUUGGAGUAAUCACAAACAACCAAACCAUAUCGCUAGGCUUGUUCGAUCCGUAUAAACAACAAGCACUUGACUUCAACAACUUGGUACAGAACCACCAGAAGACAAUAGAACUACAUAAUCAAUACAUGGCACUCGAGGAGAGAGCUGUGAUUUGUUUGAAAGCAAAAGACAAAGUCAUCGAAGACAUGACGAGAAAGUCUUCAGCAAUGGAGGCUCAACUUAAGAAAGCUUUAGCAGAAGCAGAGUUUUGGAAGAAGUCGUUGGAGCAGAAAAGUGCUGUGUGUAGCGAUCUUGCUGGGAGGCUCUUGGAAAUAAAGAGAAAAGAAACUAAGAGUAAAGUUUUGGCGGAGAUAAAAUUUGCAAAUGAGGCUGAGUCGUCUACUGGUGAAAAUAGUGACAAUGUUUUGGACACGGCGAGGUCACGUAGGUGUAAACGACGACGUCUUUUGAAAUAG